UGGACUUCAGGUGAUGUGACCCGUUCUCAUGAACCCUCUCUUGCCGCCACGCUCCGUUCCUCUGGCAGAAGGAAUAUGCCGUACUGUAUCAGAGAUGAAUGCAAACCACGUGAUGGUCACGCAGGAAACUUUAAUGGAGCAGUUAGUGAAAAAUUAUCCAGGCAUUGCAGUUCCCUCCCACAAUAUCCUAUAUAAUAUCCUUGGCACUCUAAUUAAAGAAAGGAAAAUCUAUCAUACGGGAGAAGGAUACUUCAUUGUGACUCCCAACACAUACUUUAUCACAAAUGGUGCCACAGAAGACAACGGAAGGGUCUCGUCGGAGGAGGACAGUUGUUGCUGUUCAUCACACUCCAUCACUUACCUUGUAAACAGUGAGCGCUGUGCAGACCUAGUGAAAGAAAACAUUCCUACAGUAUCCCAUUACAGAUCCUGCCAUUGUUUCCCUAACCAGAGUACGCUCUGUGAAAAACGACAUCAGCAACUAAUGAACCAUGAACCUAAUGGAGGAGGUAAGAAAGGCUGCAGUGAAUUGAAAUCUUCAGUUCAAACUCAAGCGAUCUCCACAUCUGCUGAAAACCACUCCCAUGGUACCAACAAAUCCCUGACAUCAGUGAAAGAGAAACUGAAAUGCAAAAGGUUUGGCCUUGGCCUUUUCUGGAGAAGCGCUUCUAAAAAAGAAAAACAUAAGGAGUACUCCACUUUUUCAGCUCAGUUUCCUCCCAAGCAGUGGCCAGUCAGGGAUGAAGAUGACUUAGAUAAUAUUCCUCGUGAUAUUGAACAUGAAAUCAUCAAGCGUAUUAACCCUACUCUUACAGUUGAUAAUUUGAUGAAGCACACAAUAUUAAUGCAGACGUUUGAGGAGCAGGGAAAAUACAGCAGUACGCGUAUCUCGGCCAAAGUGUCAACAGUCAGGCAACACCAUCUUUCAAAGGAUUGUGUUCAGAAGACACAAAGUAAAACAGCAAAACACAUCAGCAAAACCAAAUCAAAGAAAGAGAAGCAGACUAGCAGAAGCAACGGGAAAUCUCAAGUACAUGAGUUAACAUCCCAAAAUGAGAAACUGGAAGAGAAUCCUUUGCUGCCUACCAGAAAUCAACAGCCACUUGAUGUAGCAGUGGAAUCCCAUGUCUUGUAUAAAAAACAAAUUAACAACCCUUUUCAGGGUCUGUCAUGGAGACGCAACUUUUAUGUGAAAAGGUACAAAAGUACUAUCAACAGUCAGCUGAAGUUCAGGGCUCGAAAGCAAGAAAGAGGUUUGCAGAGGCCACAGACCUUGGACUCCUCAAAAACCUUUGAAUAUGAAGCUGAAGAGCAGGUUACUGAAAUGCAGGCUGACAAAGCUAAGCAAAAGAAGCCACUGCACGCUAAUAGGUCUUCCCUCCUACUAGAGAAAGGCAGUUUAAGUGAAAACUUUAGUUAUCCACAAGGCAGUACUUUGCAACCAGAUAAUAAAUGUAAAUAUAUUAUUAGUCCAGAGACUAAUAUUUGUGAAGAAAACAUCUACAGAAGAAGAGUUAAAAAAAAUUCUGGGGAUGUUAAAAAAUCCCCUCACUCCUACACUGGACAUAAAGGUGUGUGCAAAGAAGAUGCAAAAUUUCCAUUAAAUCUGAAAGAUGAAUAUUGCAGGUGCAAAGCUGACACUCUACAUGAGUUAUUAGAUGAAACAGCAAACUUAUUUCAAAAUGUCUGUCUUUCAAAUUAUACAGCCAAUGUCAGCCUGGUAAAAAAAAAAGGUGUGAAAUACAGACAAAAUACUGAUAAAAAGAGUGAACUUAUAUUUAAAUACAACUGUGCCAGCCAUUCCGGAUCAAUGAAGCUGGAAAGUGAAGGAUUUACUGAGAACUGCCAUCUUCUGUACCAAAAAGCACACAAUGGUGAAACCUGUAGCUCCUUUCAUCUAGGUGACAAUUUUGAAAGCAAUGAACUAUGUUAUCUGCCUCCUGGCCAUGCGUUUUCAGAUACAGGAGACUGGAGCAAAGCUGUGCCAAAGCUGGGGACAGCUACGUCCCUAGAAAACUGCAAGGUUGAUACUUAUCCAGCCCAGUACAACACAACUGUAAAUAAACGUGACUCUGGAGAGCACGGAUACAAGGGAAGUGUUAUUUUUGCAGAAUUAGUAGAUGGCUCAAAAGAGCAUCCAGAAACUGAUCUCACAGAAGAAAGUUGUUUGUGCAGUCAAGUUUUUCCAAUAGGUCACAGAAAGGAAGAAGAAAGUGGCCUUGCUGAACAUGCCAAGGCUUCGGCUAUAGCAGGUUUCUGCCAUGCUGGUGAGGCUGACUCAGAUGCUGACACUUUGCAGAACUUCACCUAUGAGAUGGGUGAAGUGGCGGCGUGCUGUGGUUUGGGCUCACAGACCAAAGAAACAAGAAACCCUCUGGGAAAAGAUCUGGUUUUUACGAAUGCAUGUACUGUGGUAUCGGGCCAGGAACACUUGGAAGGAACAGAAAACCACAGCAUUACAGGAGACAGUGGAAUUGACUCACCAAGAUGGACUGUAAAGAAGAUGAAGCUUCCUGCCAAAUUCUGA